UGGAUAUAAAGACCGGCUGGGGGGAUGCUGGAAGACCGGGGGGCUCUUCGGCAGCGUCUUUCCCCGAGCGGCGGCGGCGGCGGCGGGAGGAAGAGCAGCCCCGGCGAGCACUGCCGCAUGUUAAUCGCUGCCGCCCGGGUCCCUGGGCUGCUGCUGGAGACCGAGCCUGACUCCGAAGUUGUGCAACUGUGGACUGCGAGAGACAUCUGAACCCUCCUCUCCCCGUGCUCCGUUUUUGGGGGCACCCCCCCUCCCCAACCCCCCGCUCGGUGUGCGGGAAGCGAGGAAACGUAAAGGAAGACAAGCAUCCCCCCACCCCCUUCCCCUUUCUCCAUGGCCGUGUAGCAGAAGAAAGGGGGAAGGAGAGACUUUUUGUUGUUUGUUUCCUUGGCUGGGGGUCUCCACCCUCCUGCUGCCUCCUCUGCGCUUUGGUUUUUAUCAUCCUUCGUGGACGCGUGUGGCCCGGGGUGUCUUCGCUGGGGCCAGUGGGGUCGUUGGCUCCCCCUCCACCCCAACCCCUCCACCCCCCCUCCCGGGCUCGGUGGCUGGAUGGUUGAAAACUACCCCCAGUGGCAGGUUGUUGAGCCACUGAUGGGACGAUCUCCGGGAGCGGCGGUUACGAAAGCUAGUUAUCAGACUCUGAGAAAAGAGCGUGGAGAAGCAGGAAACGGAAUUGGGGGACUGCUGAGACACAUGGUGUAGCAGCCGACGGUUUUGUGAAGCAGAAGAUUCCCAAGUCAAGCGCAAGUGCAGAAAUGAUUGCAUAUUCAGUAAACCGGAGGAAAAAAGCAUGGGAUUUUAGCAACUGAAGAUCAAAUCAAGGAUUCACAUUUGGAAUAUUGCUGUUUUCUGUUGUUGAGGAAUAUUUUUUUGGUUUUUUAAAAAUUUCAUCAAUCUUGAAGUAAGAAGACAACAGGAAAGACAGUUGUUUCUUUCUCAGUUGGAACGUUCACCACUGAGGUUUUUUUUCUACUCAGUAUACAACCAUGUGGCCACCACAGACACUAGUCUUCAUGAUGCUCCUAGCGCCGAUAGUUCAUGGUGGCAAGCACACCGAGAGACAUCCAGCCCUCGCCGCGCCCCUGCGACACGCCGAGCGCAGCCCGGGAGGCGCCCUCCCGCCCCGGCAUCUCCUUCAGCAGCCUGCGGCCGAGCGCGCCACUGCCCAUCGCGGUCAAGGGCCCCGAGGAGCCGCCAGAGGAGUUCGUGGUCCAGGUGCCCCAGGAGCACAGAUUGCAGCCCAAGCUUUCAGCCGUGCCCCAAUCCCCAUGGCUGUGGUCCGCAGAGAACUCUCUUGCGAGAGCUACCCCAUAGAGCUCCGCUGCCCGGGAACAGAUGUCAUCAUGAUUGAAAGUGCCAACUACGGGAGGACUGAUGACAAAAUUUGUGACUCAGAUCCUGCUCAGAUGGAGAAUAUCCGAUGCUAUCUGCCAGAUGCUUAUAAGAUUAUGUCUCAAAGGUGCAAUAACAGAACGCAGUGUGCGGUGGUGGCAGGCCCUGAUGUUUUUCCAGACCCGUGCCCUGGGACCUAUAAAUACCUUGAAGUGCAGUAUGAAUGUGUCCCUUACAAAGUGGAACAAAAAGUUUUUCUUUGUCCUGGACUACUCAAAGGAGUAUACCAGAGUGAACAUUUAUUCGAGUCUGAUCACCAAUCAGGGGCAUGGUGCAAAGACCCUCUCCAGGCUUCUGAUAAGAUUUAUUACAUGCCAUGGACCCCGUACAGGACCGAUACCCUGACUGAGUACUCCUCCAAGGACGACUUCAUUGCCGGAAGGCCAACGACAACCUACAAACUCCCUCACAGGGUGGAUGGCACGGGAUUUGUCGUGUACGAUGGAGCUUUGUUCUUCAACAAAGAGCGCACCAGGAACAUUGUGAAGUUCGAUUUGCGGACUAGGAUAAAGAGCGGAGAAGCUAUCAUAGCAAACGCCAAUUACCAUGAUACAUCCCCUUACAGGUGGGGAGGCAAAUCUGACAUAGAUCUGGCAGUGGAUGAGAAUGGGCUGUGGGUGAUCUACGCAACAGAGCAAAACAAUGGCAAAAUCGUCAUUAGUCAAUUGAACCCUUACACUCUACGGAUUGAAGGAACCUGGGAUACUGCUUAUGAUAAACGAUCUGCUUCCAACGCAUUUAUGAUCUGCGGGAUUCUGUAUGUGGUCAAGUCUGUAUAUGAGGAUGAUGACAAUGAGGCCACAGGGAAUAAAAUCGACUAUAUUUACAAUACGGAUCAAAGUAAGGAUAGUUUGGUGGAUGUACCCUUUCCUAAUUCAUACCAGUACAUAGCAGCUGUGGAUUACAACCCCAGGGACAACCUUCUUUACGUUUGGAAUAACUAUCACGUUGUGAAAUAUUCCUUGGACUUUGGACCACUGGAUAGCAGAUCAGGGCAGGUGCAUCACGGGCAGGUAUCAUACAUCUCUCCACCGAUUCACCUUGACUCCGAAUUGGAAAGACCCCCAGUUAGAGGUAUCUCUACCACAGGACCUUUCGGCGUGGGAAGCACCACCACUAGUACCACCCUCCGGACCACCACUUGGAACCCAAACAAGAGCACCACCCCCUCCAUGUCAGGAAGGAGAAACCGGAGCACGAGCACCCCCUCUCCAGCUGUGGAGGUGCUGGAUGACAUGACGACACACCUUCCGUCCUCCUCUUCCCAAAUUCCAGUUGUGGAGGAGAGCUGUGAGGCCGUGGAAGCACGAGAAAUCAUGUGGUUUAAGACCCGCCAAGGGCAGAUGGCAAAGCAGCCGUGUCCCACGGGGACCAUUGGAGUAUCAACAUAUCUCUGCCUAGCUCCUGGAACAUGGGACCCCCAAGGACCAGACCUCAGUAACUGUUCUUCACCUUGGAUCAACCAUAUAACUCAAAAGUUGAAAUCUGGAGAGACGGCUGCCAACAUUGCUAGGGAGCUAGCUGAACAGACAAGAAAUCACCUGAAUGCUGGGGAUAUAACCUACUCAGUGCGUGCCAUGGAUCAGCUAGUAGGCCUUCUGGAUGUGCAGCUGCGAAACUUGACCCCUGGUGGCAAAGACAGUGCUGCCCGCAGUUUGAACAAGCUUCAGAAAAGAGAGCGCUCUUGCAGAGCCUAUGUCCAGGCAAUGGUUGAGACAGUUAACAACCUCCUUCAGCCACAGGCCUUGAAUGCGUGGAGAGACCUGACCACAAGUGAUCAGCUACGGGCAGCCACCAUGUUACUUGACACUGUGGAGGAAAGUGCUUUUGUGCUGGCCGAUAACCUUUUGAAGACUGACAUUGUCAGAGAGAACACUGACAAUAUCCAAUUGGAAGUUGCAAGGUUGAGCACAGAGGGAAACUUAGAAGACCUAAAAUUUCCAGAAAAUAUGAUUCAUGGAAGUACCAUUCAACUUUCUGCAAAUACUUUAAAACAAAAUGGCCGAAAUGGAGAGAUCAGAGUGGCCUUUGUCCUGUAUAACAACUUGGGUCCUUAUUUGUCCACGGAGAAUGCCAGCAUGAAACUAGGAACUGAGGCUAUGUCCACCAAUCAUUCUGUUAUUGUCAAUUCUCCUGUUAUUACAGCGGCAAUAAACAAAGAAUUUAGUAAUAAGGUUUAUUUGGCUGAUCCUGUGGUGUUCACUGUUAAGCAUAUUAAGCAAUCUGAGGAAAAUUUCAACCCUAACUGUUCAUUUUGGAGCUAUUCCAAGCGCACAAUGACAGGUUAUUGGUCAACACAAGGCUGCCGGCUGCUUACGACGAAUAAGACACAUACUACAUGCUCUUGUAACCACCUAACCAAUUUUGCCGUGCUGAUGGCACAUGUGGAGGUGAAGCACAGUGAUGCUGUCCAUGACCUUCUUCUGGAUGUGAUCACGUGGGUUGGAAUUUUGCUCUCCCUUGUUUGUCUCCUGAUUUGCAUCUUCACGUUUUGCUUUUUCCGUGGGCUUCAGAGUGACCGUAACACCAUUCACAAGAACCUCUGCAUCAGUCUUUUUGUAGCAGAACUGCUCUUCCUGAUCGGAAUCAACCGCACUGACCAGCCAAUUGCCUGUGCAGUGUUUGCUGCCCUUUUACAUUUCUUCUUCUUGGCGGCAUUUACCUGGAUGUUUCUCGAGGGAGUGCAGCUCUAUAUCAUGUUGGUGGAAGUUUUUGAGAGUGAGCACUCACGGCGGAAAUACUUUUAUCUGGUUGGCUACGGCAUGCCUGCACUCAUUGUGGCAGUAUCCGCUGCAGUAGAUUACAGAAGCUAUGGAACUGAUAAAGUAUGCUGGCUCCGACUUGACACCUACUUCAUUUGGAGUUUUAUAGGACCAGCGACCUUGAUAAUUAUGCUUAAUGUAAUCUUCCUGGGGAUUGCUUUAUAUAAAAUGUUUCAUCAUACUGCCAUUCUGAAACCUGAGUCAGGCUGCCUUGAUAAUAUCAACUAUGAGGAUAACAGACCCUUCAUCAAGUCAUGGGUUAUAGGUGCAAUAGCUCUUCUCUGCCUAUUAGGAUUGACCUGGGCCUUUGGACUCAUGUAUAUUAAUGAAAGCACAGUCAUCAUGGCGUAUCUUUUCACCAUUUUCAAUUCUCUACAGGGAAUGUUUAUAUUCAUUUUCCAUUGUGUCCUACAAAAAAAGGUACGAAAAGAAUAUGGGAAAUGCCUACGCACACAUUGUUGUAGUGGCAAAAGUACAGAGAGUUCCAUUGGCUCAGGGAAAACAUCUGGUUCUCGAACUCCUGGACGCUACUCCACAGGCUCACAGAGCCGAAUUCGUAGAAUGUGGAAUGACACAGUGAGGAAGCAGUCAGAGUCUUCCUUCAUUACUGGAGAUAUAAACAGUUCAGCAUCACUAAACAGAGGAAUGUCUUCUAGGAGUCCUCCAUCUGUCCAUCGAGCUGACUCACCUGGCAUCCCAGCACAGAAUUUAUGGUCCUGAGGCUGAACUGCUGAAUGAACUUGUCCUGCAGUACUUGGCAUCAAGACAGGCAUGAAAGCAAGAACUUUGGAACAUUCUUCCAGUCAAAGAGAUUUAUGACUUUGAGCAGAGGAUUUGGUUCUUCUCGAAGCUUAGUCCAAACAGAAGUGCUCCCUUUAGGUAUCUACUCGGUUACUAAUAUGUAAAACUAUAGAUAACAAGGUAUUUUUUAGAAGUACUCUACAUGAAAGCUUUCUCUUAGACCACCUGCACUCUGGCAGGCACAAACCUGUACAUUUGCUGCAAAUAAGUAAACCAGUGUGUUCAGUAUCUUGUUGUAUGCAUCCCCACACCUGGGGCCCGAUUCAGUGUAUAUAGUGCCUCUUGUCUUUUAAGUUCCUGACCACAUGACUCAUAUAAAAAUAAUAGAUUUGGGGCCAUGGACAUAGACAGGUAUGAUCCUUGGCACUCCAGGAUGCCCUGAGCCCCACUGGGAGCAACCCACAAAACUUCCACAUCAGGGAAUCCUUGAGCACUGCUGGGUGUAGGCCCCAAAGUAAAACAAAGCAGAUUUCCUGCUAAUGCACCCCAAAACACUAACAGUGAUGGAGAAUGCGAUUUCAACAUAUAUUGAAGUUUGUAUAUAUGUAUGCAUAGACAUAUCCAUGUAGGCUUUAUAUAUAAACACAUAAUAUGCCACCCCAUAGAAUUAUCAAUAAUAAUUUACUUAAUGAAUGCAUCGUUUUUCAAAUGUCUUGAAAUCUGAGAGUCAUAUAUGAAACAGGCUUAAGCAGGUUUUCCUAAUUUUGAUAAAACUGUAAAAUAUCGAGAAGUUGCUAAUAAGUCAAAAACGGUGUAAGUUUCUUGGGAAGUCUCUUGAACAGAGCUUGGAAGGCCCAGGGGCCACUCGCAGUGACACUCAGUCGAGCUGUGCCGGUUUUGGGUGGUUCUGUAACCAGCAAUAACACUGAUGGUUACAAGUACCACCUUAGAAAUGCCACCAGGGCCAGAGGUAAUACAGUGGGGAAGGCACUUGCCUUCCACAUAGUGGACCCAAGUUUGCUCUCCAGCAUCCCAUAUGGUCCCUUGAGCUCACAAGGAGUAAGCCCUGAGCAUCGCUGGGUGUGGUCCUCAAAACAAAACAAAAAAAGGAGUGCCACCAACUUCAAUUAUGUUUCUAAAAUUGAAAGUAUUUUUCUAUUCUAUGUAGUAAAAGAAAAAAUAGCAAAAAGCUUGUUAUAUAAAAACAUUAAGAAAUCACUUGGCCAAACAUUUAGGGAAAUGCUCUUUCACAGACAUACACGCAAAAGAAAAAAAUUAAACAUUUUUGUUUGUUUUUGUGUUGUGUUAUUUAUGGUAUUUAUCCACAUUAAAAAACUUGUAAGUUGUUAUGAUUAUGUUUUAUUCUUUUUACGUAAUAUUAAAUUUUGUACCUAGUUUUAUAUUAACUUAUACUGAAUUUCUUUUUCUUAGUGAAAGAACCCCACUUGAAUAAGUCCCUGGUUCCUUACAAGGCCUGGGUUUGUAUCUCUCUCAGUAUUACUCAUUUUAAUUUUUGUCACUUAGCCUACAUUAAAUAGUACUUACUAUGGCAUUGUAUUUCCCUGGUCACUACUAAUAAUUUUUGUGGAUUUGAUUUGUUUUCUUCUUUAAAAAGUUGCCUGAUCUAUUUUGACCAUUUAUUUGUUCAAAUACAAGUUUUUCAGAUCAUUUUAUGCAAAAGUUUUACAAUUUCUCAAUACUUUUUAAUUAUGUAUACUUGAAAAUACUAUCUUCACUUUGUAACAUAUUUCAUGUACCUUAAUAUGUCUCAAUGAUAGUUCUCAAUGGUGAUAUAUAAAAUUUAUAACUUCUUAUUUGUGGUGAACUUUUCUUCAUAUCUUCGUCUAAUAUCUUUUCAAAUAGACAUCUCUUAGAUACUAAAUUAUUUAAUUGUUGACAUGUAAAUCUUUAACUUAUUUGUACUCUAUGGUUAUAUGUGGGGUUAAAUGGUUUAAAUGAAAUAUUUUUUCAAAUAAAAAUCUACUCCCCAAAAAUCCUUCACUUUGCAGCUUAUCUAAAAUAUGAAUUCUAGUCUAUCAUAAUGUGUGUGGGUAUAUAUGCUUCUGAAUAUUUUACUUUGGUUGCAGUUUUGUUUAAAUCAUUGCUCUACUUUAUAUUGCCAUAUUUGUGAUUGCUUCAUAACAAUUCCUAAUAAUUCAUUGAGCAGUUUGUUUAUUCAUGUUCUCUAGUUACUAGUUGUUCUUUUGUAUUGAAUUUUAGACCAUCUUUUGUUUCAUGAUUAGAUUUAUCUUGCAGUGAAAUGAAUAUAUAUGGUCUUUGUCAAGAUAUAAACUAUUUCUAAAUGUGAAUAUUUCUUGUCUGUGAUAUGGUACAUAUUCCAUAUGUUUGAAUUCUUUUAAUACCUUCCAAUAAAGUUUUAAAAAUUUUCCCUUCAGCAUAUCUGAACAUUUAAAAAAGUAUUUGAUGCUCUGUGAUAAAAUUGUAAAUUCUGAUAUCAAAUAGAUUGACUUUUAAAGUAAUUUGUUACUUGUAAUUAGAAAUGCAACUGACAACACUUUUGUAUUGUUAUUUAUUUUAUUAUAUUGUUAACUUACCAAACUCUAAUCAUUUAUAGACUCUUCUUAGUUGUCUUUGUAAGCUAUAUACCUUGUAUACUAUGUAUCUGUAUGCCUCAAUUGCUUUCUUGACUUAUUUUAUUACACUUGCUAAGGUUUUUAGGUUUUUAUACAGUGCUGCAUGGAGUUACUGGUAUUGCUUAUUCUUGUUUUAGUGGGAAUUUUAAAGAGAACUCUUUAAAUGUUUCCCUUUCAGGAUGAUAUAUCUUAUAGGUCUAUCCUCCUAAUAAUAAAGACAGACUGUUUCAUUCCUCA